AUUUCUUGCGAUAAUUGUUGGUAAUUGUCGAGAUGUCAAAUUCGAGGUUCGCCUUCGAGAUAUCACAAUAUUCGGGUGUGGGAGGAGCUAGCCGAGAACUUACAAAUUCUCAGCUUAUCCUAUUAUGGCUUAGGUCGCCGCACAACCAAAAGAUAUCAUCCUCGCUGAACUUCCAAAAUUUCUCAUCUUGACAAAACACUUGACCGCUCAGGAAGACAAUCAUUGUCUAGGCAGUCAUGCAGAUCUUCGUCAAGACCCUCACGGGCAAGACUAUCACACUCGAGGUGGAGUCUUCCGAUACCAUCGACAAUGUCAAGUCCAAAAUCCAAGACAAGGAAGGAAUUCCACCCGACCAACAACGCCUGAUCUUCGCUGGCAAGCAACUCGAGGAUGGCCGCACUCUCUCCGAUUACAACAUCCAGAAGGAGUCGACUCUUCAUCUCGUCCUGCGUCUCCGUGGUGGAGCCAAGAAGCGCAAGAAGAAGGUGUACACUACCCCAAAGAAGAUCAAGCACAAGCGCAAGAAGACCAAGUUGGCUGUCCUCAAGUACUACAAGGUUGAUGGUGAUGGAAAGAUUGAGCGUCUGAGACGAGAGUGCCCUACUCCCGACUGCGGUGCCGGUGUUUUCAUGGCUGCUAUGCACGAUCGUCAAUACUGCGGACGUUGCCACUUGACCUACAUCUUCGACGAGGCCGGAAAGUAAAGCAAUGGUGGCGGGAUACGGAUGGAUAGCUCCUGAAAGCUUAUGGUGUAUCUAGCAAAGAUUAUCAAAUGCUAUGCAGUUGCUGACUGACAACAUCACUGAAUAUUUACCUAUGCUUCCGGUAAUAGUGAUAUAUUCUCAACUGGCAUUUAUAUUGUGACU